UUCCUGCCGUAGCAGCGGGCAAACAGACGUGACUAAACAUCGUCGAACUGUCAGGAGACAAAUGUUCGGAUGACGGAACGUUUUCAGAUCAAAUAGUUCGUGCUUUGUCAGUCGCGGUUUGACAUGGAAUGCACUUCGAUUGCAAGGCCGCUGCAUGAGCGCUAACGUGAAGCGUUUGUCAUUUGAGUGUGUUGUAGGCGCUCUGGUUUUGAUUGAGCGUGCCGAUUGUUUGUCCUGCUGAGAGCCGCCAUGUUGGCGACUGACGGUUGAUCUCAGGGCUGUGUUCACCCAGUUGCUGCGUUCAUGGGGUCGGCAUCUUGGGCAAGUUUGGUUGUUAUUAGGCCGCGACCCAUUUAAAAAAAAGUAAUAGGCGUUGCGAAGGUGGGGAGGGAGCGGUGUCUGGUACUUAACCCAAGGAGCGGAAUGUUCUCUAAAAAGCCUCACGGAGAUGUAAGAAAAUCCACACAGAAAGUCCUGGAUCCGAAGAAGGAUGUUCUGACCAGAUUGAAGCACCUGAGGGUUGUCAUAGAAAACUCUGAAGCAAGUGAUUUGAAGCCGUUCUUUGAUCAAACAUAUUCGCACAUAUAUUAUGUUUUCUUUGAAAAUUUUGUGGCCAUUGAAACAAGCCUAAAGCAAAAAGGUCACAAAUCACAGAGGGAAGAAUUGGAUUCCAUCCUUUUUAUAUUUGAGAAAAUCUUACAACACCUUCCAGAAAGAAUUCAGAGCAGAUGGCAGUUUCACAGUAUAGGCUUGACUUUGAAAAAACUCCUUCAUUUUGGGAACUCCUUGAAGAUAAGGCGAGAAGGUGUACGUCUUUUUUUGUUAUGGAUGCAAGCACUCCAACACAAUUGCACUGAAGAACAACUCCAUAUUUUUGCCUGCCUUAUUCCUGGUUUCCCACCACUCCUUUCAGAGCAGGGACCUCGAACACUGGACAAUCUGAUCAAUUCCACAUUCUGUUUUCAAGAAACUCAAGUCACUCCAGAAGAAAUCACUCCCCUUGUGCCCCCACAAUCGGGAGACAAAGGACAAGAUGAUCUUACAAGCUACUUUCUUGAUGCACUGCUAAAAUAUAUGGUAAUCCAGGCAAAGGGAUUAGAAUGGAAAGACAAAGAAAAUCAGGAGAAAGGGUUUGCAUUCUUGUUUGAAAAUUUCAAGAAGUACUAUCUGCCUCACAUAUUUCCCAAUUUCUCAAAGGAGACCAGCUUGUUUAACCCAAUCCUUGAUGUCCCACAAUUGAGAUCAAAGCCCUGUUAUAUUAUGACAAAGAAAGAUCCAGAGACUAACGAAACAACAUAUUCAACAAAAGAUGCAUUUUUGUCUGCUCGUGUCUCAGUUAUCCGUUGGUUGGUAUCUUUCUGGUUUGAGCCAAAAGCCAAUCUAGGACUCCAGAUUCCUGGAGUUGAAGGUGAAAAUGUACCAAAGAAUAUUCAGAGAGCAGCUGCUGGUUUGGCUGCCCGUGAAGAGGGCUCCUGCCGUGGGGAUUCCGGAGAUGGCAGUGCUGAGCUGGAGCAAUCCCAUUCUAACACCAGCACCCUAACUGAGCGAGAGCCCAGUUCAUCUAGUCUGUGUAGUGUUGAUGAAGAGCAUCUAACAGAUAUGGAAAUAGUGCGCAAAGUUUUCUACUCCUCAAGAGAGAACGUGAAUUUUAUUAUAGAGGUUUUUCGACAGGCUUUUCUGUUGCCCAUCUGUGAAGCUGCGGCCAUGCGAAGAGUAGUUAAAGUUUAUCAGGAAUGGAUUCAACAAGAGGACAAGCCUGUAUUUAUGAAAGAGGCUGAAGACUUGGGCUAUUCUCCUUCAACAAGUGUCAUAAAUUUAGUCAGUGCUGGAGAGCAUGGUGGUUCUUAUCCACUGGAGAAAAAUAAACAGGAGGAGGACAAAAUGACCAAAGGUCAUGUAAGGAAUCUUAGCUGGACAAGGAAUUCAUCAUACCAGAAUGCAAUUAACAAUGCUCCUGAAAUUGAGGAAGAGGAGAGGAAUGUAUGUGCAGGUGUUCAGGCAUCAUUGCAGGUUUUUAUAACCAACUCAGCAAAUAUAUUACUACUAGAACCUGCCAACGAAAUUGGAGUCCUCCUGGAUGAGCAUGUUGAUAUGUGUAAACGUGUUCUCAACAUCUAUAGAUACAUGGUUGUCCACACAGCAAUGAAUAAGAAAACCUGGGAGCAGUUGUUAUUGGUUCUGUUGAGAAUUACAGAAUCUGUUAUGAAACGACCACUGCAAGUACCACCAUUAUCUCAAGGGAGAAAGAAUUCAGUGUUAGCAGGGAGGCUUGCUACACCGCUGUUUCGGACACUAAUAGUAGCCUGGAUCAAAGCAAAUUUGGAUGUAUAUGUUUCACGAGAGCUGUGGGAUGAAUUGCUGAUGGUGUUGUCAUCACUUACAUGCUGGGAAGAACUAAUUACUGAAUGGGCAAUGACAAUGGAAACUUUGACCAAAGUGCUCGCCCGGAAUUUGUACAACCUUGACUUACAUGAUCUUCCUUUAGACAAAUUGAGUGAACAAAAACAGAAAAAACACAAAGGAAAAGGUGGCAGUCACGGAUGUCAAAAGUCAGUUGUUGAUAAAUCAUUUUCCCGUGGUUGGAGUCGUGAUCAACCUGGGCACUUACAAAUGAGACAACGAAGUGCCACCACUGCUGGUUCCCCUGGAACAGAAAAGGCAAGAAAUAUAGUACGACAGAAAACCAUCGCCAUCGGAAGCCGAUCCAUUGGUGAUUGUGUUUGUACAUCGGCCUCUAUGCGCAAUGCUAAAAGUGCACCUGUUCUGCUCCAUACUUCUUCCAAUCCUUACCUGCUUGACUUAGUCCUCACCCCCUUUUUUGAUGAACUUUCAGAUCUUGAUGAUGCCCAAAUUUUGGCCCGGCCUACUCGAAUAAGGCAUUAUUCUCAGAGUGAAGAAAACACCUCUGAAGUAUUUAGCACUGUACGUGAAGAGCAGCCAAUGCCACGAAGCAGCAGCACAUCUGAUAUAAUGGAACCGUUCAUAGCUGAACGAGCUAAAGGUGCAGUUCCUGUCAUUGACAGCUCAUCAGUUCCUUCAAGUUUGCAAAGUUCUGCUGAGGUGUUCUCGUUAUCUAGGUCCACUGAAAGUCACUUCACAGAUGCGCACAGUACAGAACAUUCUCUGGAAGUUGGUGAUAAUAUUUAUGAUCAUCUUUGUCAUCUUGUAGGGGAUAUAGAAACAAUAACUUCCUAUUAUGAUUGCAGUCAACACACAGUAGAUGAUAGUGAGGCAGAUUUGCUAUCUUCCAUAUGCAAAUAUUUUAAUGAGUCUACUGAAGAAAUGGAACACACCAAACAUAAAUCGGGAGAGGAUGCAAAUGACAUUUCCUUAAAUGAAAAUGUUGAGUUAAUGGUAGGUGAGACCGAUCUAGACUAUAUAAGGCAAGUAAAAAUGUGCGAUACUAAAGAUGAUUAUUUGAGUAUUACUACAUUUUCUGGUAAAGAAAAGCAGUUGCCAGAGACUAGUAUUGAACAGCAAAAUAACAUGCCACUUGAAAGCUUUGAACAGGGAAUUUCAUCACAAAUGACAUCAGAAAAUCCAGAUUUCAGACAGAGGCAAAAAGUUCUUAUUCGCCAGAUGGCAACUGAGGUAGACGGUAGAAAAGUGGUAGCAUCAACAGAUCAGCAAUUUAAAAGGAAACAGCUAGCUGAUGCCUCUUGCCAAACCUCUGCAAUUGUACAACUUAAUAGGAUAACUGAAGCAUAUAGCAUGUAUUCAAAUACGUUUCCACACAGCACCACAAUUACUGACCCACUUAAAGCUUUAAGUGCACAAAAGUCUUCAGCUAACCAAGAAAUCACUGUUGCAGCAACACCAGAACUGCAGUACUUGAGCAUAGCAAAUAAGAAAAAAAAUAACAAUAUGCAUGUUAGUUUUAGGCCAUCUACUGAGUCUGUACAAUUCCACAGUCAGUUGGACAGUAAGGAAGCUCAUUGGAAGUUGAGACUUCGAAGACUUGGUGGUUUCAGCAGUGGCUCUUCUGCACCAACUGAUUCAGUGAAACCUGGUGUCUAUAGACCUCUUGACACUAGAGUUUCUCAUAAUGAAUAUAAGAAUCGGAAGUCAACAUUGAUUACUGCUGCAAGUACUCCAGUGCUGAAGGGAAGUACAGGUGAUAGUCAGGGAAUUGGUCAUGGAACACUUAGGUCAUGUAGCUUACAGGAACCAAUACAGCAACAGAGUUCCCUCGGUGGUGUUUACAGAACUGUUGUACACGCUUUUUCAAAGUCGAAAGCAAAUGUUUCCCCACAGAGGCAGAGAAAAGUACCAGCAGAGGCUCCACUGAGGGAUCUUUACAGUCAUGUUUUGGGAUAUUUUGGAAGGAAAGUUGCAGUCAACAAGGAAGACCCUAAUCAAAAACCCCGACCCUUCAGCACUGAUAUUGGCAAUAGUAAUCCCAACAUCAGUGAUCUUAUGGAUGAGUUUAUAGCAGAACGAUUACGAACUGGCACUUCUGUGAAUGUUUUGAGAAGAGGAAGUAGUCCUGGUAGUUUGGAAGUGCCAAAAGAUCUUCCUGAUUUGUUGAACCGACAGAACCAGACCAGACCAGUAGAUGACCCAGGCAUCCCAUCCGAAUGGACUUCCCCGGCCAGUGCUGGAAGUAGUGAUCUCAUUAGUUCUGACAGCCAUUCGGAUUCUUUCAAUGCUUUCCAAUAUGAUGGACGAAAAUUUGAGGGCUUUAGAUUUGGCAGUGAAACCAUUUCUACCGUAUACACUGAAGCAGAUCUAGGACCACUACGGCAAACAGAUGCGGAACAAGAAUUGGCGAAUUUAACUGCUAUGUACGUUGAUUCUGAAACUAGCAGCCUCAAUCUGCAGACCACUUCUGUUGACACAGUUACAAUCACAGGUUCUGAAAGUGCUUCUCCUUCACAUUCAAACACAUGUUCAAGAUCUCAGACACCUUCUCCGUCUACUUUGAAUGCUGAUCAUAUGGAACAAAAAGAUUUACCUCUGGAUGAAAAAUUGCAUCAUUCAGUCUUGCAGACUCCAGAUGACUUGGAAAACAGUGAAUUUCCAAAUGAAGAUUGCAGUGUGAUGGCAGGAGGAAGUCUUAAAGGUUGGCAUGAAGAUGUUGCUACAGUUAUGUGGAGACGGAUGCUUGGUAUUUUGGGAGAUGUCAACUGCAUUAAGGAUCCUGAAAUUCAUGCUCAAGUUUUUGACUAUUUAUGCGAGCUGUGGCAGAAUUUGGCCAAGGUGAGAGAUAAUCUUGGAAUUACAGUAGACAAUCACACCUCCCCACCACCUCCAAUUUUGAUACCACCUCUCAGAAUUCUAACUCCUUGGCUUUUUAAGGCAACAACAUUACCAGAAAAAUACAAGCAAGGAAAGCUGCAUGCAUACAAGCUUAUCUGCAAAAUUAUGAAACGACGUCAAGAUGUUUCGCCUAAUUCUGAUUUUCUGGUUCACUUCUACAAUAUAAUGCACAGUGGACUCUUAAAUCUUGAUCAGGAUAUUGUGAACACCAUCAUCAAGCAUUGUUCUCCAAGGUUCUUUUCUAUUGGGUUGCCUGGUGCUACCAUGCUAAUUUGGGAUUUUAUAGUUGCUGCUAGUAAAGUAACAUUCUCUUCUUCACUUAAUGCUCCAAGAGUAGAAGCGCAGAUUCUAUUGGGCUCUUUAGUCUGUUUCCCAAAUAUAUAUGUCGACCUCCCUACUUUACAGCCUUCUCUUGUGGACAUUUUAUCAACAAAAUGUGAUGAUGUUAAGGAACUUGUAAUUAAGAGCAUUUUAAAAUCAGCAAGGGAAGAGCCUUCUGGACCAGCUAGAUGUGUUGCACUUUGUAGCCUUGGCAUUUGGCUCUGUGAAGAAUUGGUACAUGAUACUCGCCAUCCACAAAUCAAAGAUGCUCUAAAUGUAAUUUGUGUAACUUUAAAGUUUCCAAACAAAGCGGUUGCACAGGUGGCUUGUGAUAUUUUGCAUUUAUUGAUCAAUUAUGUGGACAAACUUCAGAAUUAUCCACCAGAUUCUCCAAAAAAAAUGCUUGAGAUAUUAAUGGCAACAAUUACUUAUCUGUUACCCAGUACAGAAGUAUCUCCGCAUGAGCAAGAUAAAAGGCUGGUGGUAUCCCUAUUGCUUUGCCUGUUGGACUGGUGCAUGGUGCUGCCUUUAAAAAUACUCUUGCAAGCAGUCCAAGCUGCAGGGCAAGAUAAGGACAAUGCCGACAAAUCCAUUCUCAGUUGUAUUUACAAGGUGCUACAUGGCUGUGUUUAUGGAGCCCAAUACUUCAGUAAUCCUAGAUACUUUCCUCUGAACUUAUCAGAUCUUGCCUCUGUUGAAUAUGAUCCAUUUUUACAUUUGGAAAGCUUGAAAGAACCAGAGCCUUUGCAUUCCCCUGAUUCUGAGCGAUCAUCAAAGCUUCAAACUGUCACAGAAGUGAGGAGUCGCAUUCAACAAGGUUUGAUCUCAGUUGCUGCCCGGACUGUGAUAAUUCAUUUGGUAAACCACGUUGGCCAUUAUCCAUUGAGUGGUGGCCCAGCAAUGCUGACCAGCUUAAUAAGUGAAAACCAUGACAAUCCUUUUACUGACUGCACUGAGCUUUCCCCUGAACUUUUUGAAAACCCUAAUCUCCAGUUUUUUGUGCUGAACAGUUCAACACUUAUUUCAUACCUGGAAAUCCCUAUUGAGGACAAUAUCCCAGGAGGAGGGAUGUCAGCUGGACUUUCGACAGCUACCUCAAAUGUUAGAGUUGUGGUACGUGAUAUAUCUGGUAAGUACUGCUGGGAUUCUGCAAUUCUAUAUGGACCACCUCACUUCUGUCAACAAAAGCAAAUUGCUUCCAAGGUCAGCAAUCUAUGCAAAGAAGAACAGAUGGCUGAACCUCACUCCAAUGAAACAGAAACCGAUGAUGUAGAUUUAAGGGAAUAUUUGGUACCUCAAACAAAAAGAAGGUGCGGGGAAGUAGUGCCAUCUUGGGAUGUAAUUCGUGAUGACGAAGAUGCUUUGGAUGAGAUGUUGCAGUACCUUGGUUCCACCAGUCCAGAAUGUCUCCAGAGAGCUGGUGUGCAACUUAAUAUCCCUGCUGCCGCUCCUGUUUGUUUUUCAGAGAAACAGGAAAAUGAUGUAAUCAAUGAAAUUCUAAAACAGUACACAGAAGAGAAGGAAUUUGUAGAGAAACAUGGCAAUGACCAGAAUAUGAAAGCAAUGGAGCAGGAAGAGCCAUGCCCACAAGAGCCUCAGUCUGUGUUUUACUAUUGCAGGAUGCUGCUGAAUAUUCUUGGCAUGAAUUCAUGGGAUAAUAGGACCAGUUUUCAUCUUCUGAAGAAAAAUGAAAAGCUUUUACGGGAACUUAAAAACCUAGACUCAAGGCAAUGUCGAGAAACGCACAAGAUAGCAGUGUUUUAUGUUGCUGAAGGGCAGGAAGAUAAGCACUCCAUUCUGACGAACACUGGAGGAAGCCAAUCCUAUGAGGAUUUUGUAGCCGGGCUUGGUUGGGAGGUUAACCUUACUAAUCAUUGUGGCUUCAUGGGUGGACUACAAAGAAAUAAAAGCACUGGUCUCUCCACUCCAUACUUUGCUACGUCCACCGUAGAAGUAAUAUUUCAUGUAUCUACAAGAAUACCUUCUGAUUCAGAUGAUUCUUUAACAAAAAAGUUGAGACAUCUUGGGAAUGAUGAAGUGCAUAUUGUCUGGUCAGAGCAUACAAGAGACUACAGAAGAGGAAUUAUUCCCACUGAAUUUGGUGAUGUCCUCAUUGUUAUUUAUCCAAUGAAAAAUUUUAUGUUCAGUAUCCACAUAAUGAAAAAGCCUGAGAUACCAUUUUUUGGCCCACUCUUUGAUGGUGCUAUUGUGGAUGGGAAAGUUCUACCAAAUCUAGUCCGAGCUACAGCAAUCAAUGCAAGUCGAGCACUAAAAUCAUUAAUUCCACUGUAUCAAAAUUUCUAUGAGGAGCGAGCUCGAUACCUAGAAACCAUUGUGCAACACCACCAGGAGCCAACCACUUUUGAGGAUUUUGCUGCCCAGGUCUUCUGUCCAGCCCCUUGUCACAAUAUACCAUCUGAUCCAGAAAGAAAUGCUGUGAUAUUUCUUCUUCUUCCCAAACCUCCACUAGAAAACAUUGGCCUCAUCAAGGUAAAGGGCAAAGGCUUGAAACGGAAGGUCUUUCACGCUAGCUAUGAAUGGCUUAUGCCCAGAGAGUCAGCAGGCCGAAAGUCCUGCAGCACAGGGGGCGGACGGGAUCGACUUAGCCUCUCCAAUGUCACCUCGUGCUAGCAAGAGUCGUAUGUCGAUGAAAUUGCGGCGCUCGUCUGGUUCGGCUAAUAAAUCUUAACAACCACAUCAUAACAAAACGUUACACUCCUAAUUCACUAGCCAUAAAUCAAUGUGUUCUUUUUUUACUUAUUAUUUUAUUGCUUAAGCCAAAUGUUUUGCCUCUUGCUAAUUUAGUAACUGUGUGUUACCACUCCAUAUGCAGUUUAAUACCUGUUUCUUGUAAACUACUUUUUAUUAAGAACACUGGAGUUCUAUUUUUAGCUUACCAAAAUAUAUAUUUUAGCAAUCUAAUCUAUGCUUGGUUGUACAGUGCAACUACCUUGCACCUACUUGAUUACGUAUCUGUAUAUUUACUGCACUUUUAAUCACACUUACUGUUUUGAAAAACAUUUUCUUGUUGAAUUGUAUUUGGCUAGUUAAGUUGAAUGACCCAUUUGUUAUUGGGUAUCAUCACUAGGAAAUUACAGCAGUCUUGCUUGGCUGUAUAUUGUGUACUUUGUACAGUUUUGUUUUACAGUAGAAACAUUUCAGAUUACUUGUGCACAAUUCAGGAAUGUAUAGUAAGUUUUCAGUUUUUAUGUAGAUGUAAAGUUGUUUCAAAAUAUAUUCACCAAAUCAAUCUUAUGGCACAAAACAUGUACAGAAUAUUUUCAUUUUAAAUUAUAAGUAUGAAUUUUCCAAGGAAUGUAAAUGGUCUCUUAGCAUUUCAGCUAUAAAACAUAGCUUGACAAAAGAAAAUCAAGAGGAAAUAUAUGGACUUGCUUUUAUUUUAAACACUGACAUAUAUAUAUAUAUAUAUAUAAAUAUAUAUAAUCUUAAAAAUGCUGAAAAUGCUGCUGAGUUAAACUAUUUACUUGUGCAUGGCUUCCAACCAAGAGACUGUAGAAAAAACACUGUAGGUGAAAUCUGGUAAGAGGCCAAGUUAUUGCUGGAAUGAUGAGAAUUCUGGAUGUGUUUGGAUAUGCACUCUUACAGGAUUUGCACUCAAAUAUGUUUUCAAUUUUCUGUGAUAUAUUCAUUAAGGAGAAAAGGGAUCAUUUAAGUGUGUCUGUAUAACCAGUUCAACUUGAAUUGAGUCAACUUUAAAUUGCUGAAAUGCAACAAAAUGCAUAUUCCAGCUUAUCAAAUGUAUUUUCCUACAAGGAAACAUUAUUUUGUAGGUGACUUGCAAUGUUACUACUAACAGUAUGUAGCAUGAUGUCAGUACUAACUGCAUGUGUAAAUAUCAUAUGAAAAAAAUAUUAUGUAUUGUCAUUUAUGUAGUUGUCUAUAAAAAUUUGUAAUGGCUGAAGAUGCGCUGUUUAAUAUUGCAAUAAAAAAUAUUCUUACCAUG